CCAGGAAAAAGCCCUAUGGUCCAUGCAAUUCAGUCAAGAUGGCUGCUUCUACAGAUGUGAGACUGCAGCUCAGUAGCGAGAGUGAGGAGGAGGAGGAGGAGGAGGAAGAAAUGCUUGUCCCCUUGGCCGAAAGGCUGCAAAGGAAGUUGCUGGUAGUCGGACCCUCUACAACCGCUCCUUCAUUUACUAAGAUCCAAACAAAGAGUGCCCAAGAGCUCAGUGGGCAAAAUAGGCCCUGUGUCAGUGAUGAAGAAUGGGUGCCCACUUGCUGGCAGGAGCCACUACCUGCUGGCUCAGAUCUCCAAGAAAACGUGGCACCCAGCACUUGGGAAUUUUCAGACAGUGAUCAAGAGCUAUAUUCAUGGGAUGCUAAGUCACAAUCCUUGCCCCAGCUCCCAGUUUGCAUCCCUGAUAAUAAGAUGCAGGAUGGUACCCGCCAAAUAUGCCUGAAGUCCUUUCCUCUUCAGACAAGUACAAGAAAGAACCAUCAGGAUUUGGACAAAGCUUGCCAGGCUGCCCUGCAGAAGGGCAAAGAGCAAGGAGCUCAGAAGCAGCUGCAGGAGCAAGAGAAACAGAGGAAAGCAGCUUUGGCCCAACUUCGCAAAGCCCAAAGACCAGAGCAGUGUCUGAAACACAUUGGAAUAGUGUUAGACCCAGGUCUCUUACAGAUUAAUGGUGCGGAUGAGAUCCUUGCUGCUUUGCAGUCAAUGGAGAGUAGCUAUGUGAUUGAGAGCCAAAUUGUGCCCUGCAGCAUCACCUGGAGAAGGAGAACUGGCCUAGCACAGGCUGAAGAAGACAACUGGAUGGAGGAACCCAAUGUCCUAGUGCCAGUGCUGCUCCCAGACUUCAUUGCAAUGAUUCAUAACGGCAAGCAGCCUAGGAUGGAAAGUCCAUCUGAAACACUGCAGAGUUUUGUGGCGAACAUCACAGAGAAAAUUCCUGGGAAAACAUUGUCAUUGGCAGUAACAGAACUAGAAAAACACUUCAGUUCUCAGAAACCCAAGUCACAAAAGAAGCUGCAGCAAGCAGAGCAAAGUAGCAGCAAGGCACAGGAGGAAGGCAAGCCAAGGAAACGGAAAGAAAAGGCCAUUCCAGUUUCUCAGUUGUCUAGGCUGGAUGUGGAAGAAGCUCUGGUCGAGCUGCAGCUUCACACAGGUGUCCAGGUUCAAGUGCUUGCAAGCUGGAAGGAGUUUGGAGAAUUUGCUAGUAUGUUCACUAAGGCUGUGGCUGAAGCCCCAUUCAAAAAGGAAAAAAAUAAAACCAGCUUCUCCUUCUGCCUUGAGGGAGACUGGUGUAGAGGUGUGAAAGUGGAUCGUACUGGAAAAGGACUGCUUCAGGUAUGGAAGAGACAGAUUCAGCAACUCAACCGAGUCAGUCUGGAGAUGGCCAAUGCCAUUGUAGCCCAGUACCCUUCUCCUCUGCUUCUGAUACAGGC